AUGGUGAUAUUACCAAUGAUGAUCGGAAUACUUGCAAUGAUGAUGGCUCCGACGGCGGAAGAUGGAAGAGAUGUUGAGACAAAGGCGGAGAGAAGCGUCGCACAGAGAGUGGUUGUUACGACGACGGCAACGUCUGAGAUCGAGAGAAACGCCGAGACUGAGAGAAACGUGGCUGGAAUAAAUGCGAUGGUGGCUGGGGCAACAGAUGCGGCGGCGGCGAUGGCUGCAGGGGCGAUGAGAGAAGCAACAGCGGCAGCGGCGGCUGAUAGAGAAGCUGCCACUGUGGCUGCGACGGCGGCGGCGAAUAGACAAGUUGCGGCUGUAUCAGCGGCAAUGGUAGCGGCGACUGAGGCAGCGACUACGGUGGCUGAAGCGACGACUCCGGCGGCUAAGGCGGCGACUACGGCGGCUGAAGCGGCGACUGAGACGACUACGGCGUCUAAGGCAGCGACUGCGGCGGCUGAAGCGGCGACUGCUGCGGCGACUGAGACGACUGCGGCGGCUGAGGCGGCGACUGCGGCGGCUGAGGCGACGACUGCGGUAGCAGCACGCAUCACACCCACGUUGGAGCACAACAUCGAGGCACAAUUCAAAGUUCAGUACUGGCAAGCAAUUGAUGCUAAUGAUAAUGUCCUCCCAGUAGCCUUUGGAAUUGCUGAAGUUGAAUGUGGGUAUGCAUGGGAGUGGUUUUUGGAUCAUACAAAGAGAUUCUUUGAUGUUGAUCCUGAGUAA